AUGAAGAAAUAUGGGUACAAACAAAGUAAUUCAGGCCAUACUUGGUUCCUCAAGAAAAUGGAGGGAAAGAUCACUUGUUUGAUUAUCUAUAUAGACGACAUGAUUAUUACUGGAGAUGUUAAGGAGGAUAUAGCCGAGCUAAGGAAGAAUUUAUUUCAUGAGUUCGAGAUGAAAGACCUAGGCCUUCUUAAGUACUUCCUUGGAAUAGAGGUACUAAGGUCAAAGAAGGGAAUCUUCAUAAAUCAGAGGAAGUAUAUACUUGAUUUGUUAGCAGAGAUAGGAAUGAUCGAUUGUAAGCCAACAGACACUCCUAUGGUACAAAUUCAUGGAUUACAGAUGAAGGAAGAAGCAAAAUUAGCCGAUAGUGGGAGAUAUCAGAGGUUAGUUGGAAAGCUUAUCUAUUUGUCUCAUACUAGGCCGGAUAUUACGUAUGCAGUUGGAGUGGUCAGUCAGUUUAUGCACGCACCACAAGAGGAAUGA